GUGUCCUCUCCCCCUUCACUUGUUAGAGGGCUGGCCACAAGGAGGAGGGGGAUUAAUACUUUGUCUGCUCUUCAUCCAAACACUUGAUAGCAGAAUUCCAGACUGAAGGACGACUACGUAAAAAGAGACUUGCAUGUGAAACUUUUGGAGAUGGCGCAUACACCUUAUUACCUGCUCGUUUUCUGCUUGGUCUCUUGUAUAAAGGGAGGACUUGCUCAGAAUUCAACUCUGACACCAAACCUACCAAACUCUUCAGCAUGGCCGGCUGGCUGUGGUCAGGAUGUCAAAUCUAUUUACUUUGCUCUUUGUGAUCUUACAGCUGCCUGGGGUAUUGUCCUUGAAGCAGUGACCUCGUUAGGCAUUCUAUGUACAAUAGUCUUAGGAUUUAUUUUUGUGGCACUUGCCCCUUCAGUCUCUCAGGAUGCACGCAAGGGUACCCUAGCCCUUAACUUUCUGUUUAUAUUCGGGGUCUUGGGCUUAUUUUCUUUAGUUUUUGCAUUUAUCAUUGCACCCAGUCCCACAAUCUGCAUAGUUCGAAGGUUUUUGUUUGGCGUUUUAUUUGCCCAGUGCUUUGCAUGUCUGGUAGCACAUUCGGUCAGGCUCAACUACCUGGCUCUUCAGAACAGAGGUCCAGGUGGUUGCAUGGUGUUUCUGCUUGCAAUUGGACUUUUCUUGGUAGAAGCCGUGAUUAACGUGGAAUGGCUCCUCAUUACUGAUGUGCGUCAAACACUCCAAAAUACCGAGCCAUGUAACAUAACCAACCAAGAUUUCGUGACAGCUUUAGUCUAUGUCAUGUUCCUCAUUGUAGCAUCGUUGGUAAUCCCUUGCCCGGUGCUUUGUGGACACUACUUACAAUGGAAACGUCAUGGAAGACACAUUGUAUUGACAGCAUUUUUAUCACUUCUCAUCUGGGUAGCAUGGAUUGUAAUGUACCUUUAUGGAAAUGAGAAGCUAGACCACUCAUCAUGGGAUGACCCAGUACUGGCCAUUGCUUUGGCAUCAAAUGGAUGGGUUUUUGUCAUGUUUUAUAUUAUUCCACAGUUAAUGGAAAUGACAAGAUCUGGAUACAAAUAUGAAGAUGAUACCCUUAACAUAAUGAAGAGACUUUCUGAUGCCACACAGUCCAUAGUCCUGGAAAACAGAGCAUUCUCUAUGGAUAAUCUAGAUGCAGCUGGGCCUGUCAACUCUUGGCAUGAACAAGACAAACCAGUUUCUCCGUACAGUAAUUUUACUGGACUGUAUCCCACUCUACCUCUGCAACCUAGGGACAUGGAAACUGUAAGCCAUAUACCAAUACAUCUACCACGGAUUUCAAAGGAACCUUGGCGUUACCAUCUGUGAUACAUUGACACUUGAGAUACAUUGACAGUAUAGAGCUACAGACGAGAAGGCCACUCCAUCAUCUCAUGCUAUAGAAGAGUUCACUCUGAUAAACUGCAGAAAAAGACUUGUAGGUGUAACCAAGGAUCAAUCCAGACAUAAUGAACUUUAAUACACAUUUUUCUAUCCAUUCUUUCCAGGGAUAUGAAUAUUUGAUAGGACUGCAUUACAUUUUAAUCAUUGUUACUGUGAUGUACUAUUUUUUACUUGCCGUCCCCCGGAGCCUUCAUUAACCAAACUGGUAACAAUUCAGAAGAACAAACGUUUACUGACUGCACACAACGCAGCAAACAUCCAGUCAUUUCUGGUCACUGACCUGGGAGGUGUUGAAUUAAAUGCACUGGCACUAAAGUUACCACUUAUAUUGGUGGAGUGCAAAGUCAAUCAACUGUCUCAUAUGCUGACGAUCCAGUGAUGUGAUUACCAUCUUGUUAAUCAGCUGUCUUUCAAUUUAACGCUAAAAGUCUACAAAGUAGAUUUUUGAAUAUUGAUUGUUUUCUUGUCUUGUGAAUAAAGGUGGAUUUAGAUGAUCCAAUAAUCGUCCAGAUUAUCGGGAACGACCAUUCCUGCGAACCUUAUUCCCGAUAACCUGGCCAUCUAAAUGUGCCGCUGAUCACCCGAUGAACAUGCAAAACAGCGAUCUGCUGACCAGAAACAAUGAUUCUGUAUGAAUUCUGGUCUCUUUCACUGUGCGAGCAGCCAACUGUCAGGAAGAAACGCUUCCUUCCCAACAUUCGGCCACUCCAUUGACCUAUCUAAACCCUCCUUAAGCGUGAUGAGCUUUAAUGUAAUCAUUUGUAAUUGUGUUAUUUUUCAUGUACAAUGACUACUCCACCCUGAUUUAUCUAAUGGGAAGGUCACUCCAUAUACAGUGCCCUUAAAGAUUUAUUUUCUUUUUGCACAUUUGUCACACUUAAAUGUUUCAGAUUAUGAAACAAAUUUGAAUAUCAGACAAAGAUAACCUAAGUAAAUAAAAAAAAUGCAGUUUUCAUAUGAUGAUUUCAUUUAUUAAGGGAAAAAAGCUAUCCAAACCAACCUGGCCCUAUGUGAAAAAGUACUUG